GAAAAUCGGUACUGAACCAAUUACGACUCCUCGCCGGCGUUUCACAUCAUUUCUUCAUCGGAAACUUCAACAGUAGUCGGAGCGACUCUCCAAUUUGAUCCAGCUGAAGAAUCUCUAACAUGGUAGCUAGAUUCAUCACAAGCAAUCUCAAUCGAAUACGAAAAACCUACUCAGCAUCAACAACUCUCAGUAGGCACAACUACGAUUUCACUUCUCUAUAUUCUUCUCCUUAUUUGCAAUUGGAUGACGAUUCGGCUACACGUGUUGUGAAUCCGAGUUUCAUGCUGCAGAAGAGAUGGCAUACGGGCGAUCAUCAUGAUCAUCACGAUCUCCGCUCCGGUAAAGACGGCGAGAGGAUUUUUCGGCUUGGACUUGCUGCUGACAUUGGCCUCGCCGCUAGUAAAGCUUUUACAGGUUAUGUAUGUGGAAGCACCGCCAUUAUUGCUGAUGCGGCUCAUUCUAUCUCCGAUGUGGUUCUGAGUGGUGUAUCAUUGCUGUCCUUUCAAGCUGCAAGGGUUCCCAAGGACAAAGAACAUCCUUAUGGACAUGGUAAAUUUGAGACUCUUGGAGCUCUUGGAAUUUCUGGUGUGCUGUUGGCUACUGCUGGUGGCAUAGGAUGGCAUGCUUUAGAUGUUUUGCUGGGAUUGUGGUCUGCAGCGCCUGAAGUUUUUAAUCAGUCAAUGACUCAUCAGCACGUGCAUGAGCAACAUCACCAUGGAAUUGAUAUGGAUCACCCUAUCCUUGCUUUGAGUGUGACGAUACUCUCUAUAGCUGUUAAAGAAGGAUUAUAUUGGAUAACAAAACGAGAGGGAGAAAGGGUUGGCAGUGGGCUAAUGAAAGCCAAUGCCUGGCAUCAUCGUGCCGAUGCAGUAUCUUCUUUUGUUGCUCUCAUAGGGGUUGGUGGUUCUAUCCUUGGAGUGAGGAUCCUGGAUCCACUUGCUGGGCUGGCUGUUGCAGGCAUGAUCAUGAAGGCUGGACUUGAAACUGGAUAUCAGAGUGUCUUGGAAUUGGUUGAUGCUGCUAUUCCUUCGCAUAUCCUGGAGCCUUUCAAGCACACAAUUCUACAAGUUGACGGAGUUGAGGGUUGUAGUCACCUGAGAGGAAGGAGGGCUGGUUCAUAUCUCUAUCUUGAUGUCAUAGUUGAGGUUGACCCCUUUUCUAGUGUAAGUGCUGCGCAUGAGAUCGGGGAAAACGUCAGCCGCGAAAUCCAGCGAUUACAUCCCGAAAUAGCUGAAGUCUUCAUUCACAUAGAACCAUCAACUAUACACAUUCCACCCGCUGUUGUGUCUCAACAGAGAACUGCUAACACAAUGGAUGCAGACAUUGAAAAUAUAGUUCGCAACAUUUUAUCUACAAACUUUUCUCAGAAGAUGAUUGUUGAGCGUGUGACUCCACAUCUACUGCAAGGACAGGUUUUACUUCAAGUGGAAGUUUCUAUGCCUCCCGAUCUCUUGAUUAGGGAUGCGAUAAAAGUUGCAGAAGAAGCAGAAAAAUUAAUCAUAGAGGCAGCACCAAAUAUUGUUCAUGUGUGUAUCCAGCUGUGCCUAGGGCGAUCCAUGCCAGACUCGUACCACAAAUUGGUGGAGAGCACAAGUCGGGGACUUGUAUACACUUAAAAUGUGCAUGUAUACAUCCACAUUCUGUAUAAUCAAUAAAGAAAUUCCGACUCAAAAAUAAAUCAAAGCUACACAGAGUGUCCAUUCUCUAUUUUACUCUCCAAAUAUAAAA